AUGGCUCCUAGCAAAGGAUGGAGUGAUCGUCUUAAUGAUGUAUAUUUGCGUGGGGUUGAGGAAUUUUUAGACUAUGCUUUUAAGAAAACUGGGAGGCGUGGGGAAAUACGUUGUCCAUGUGUCAAGUGUAGUAACACGUAUUCCGCCACACGAGAAGUGGUAGGGACACACCUCAAGGUGUAUGGAAUAAUACGUAAUUAUACAUUUUGGUAUCACCAUGGAGAAAGGGUAGGUGAAUCUGAAUCUAAUUUAGAAAGUGUUCAACAAAGUGAAGAUGAGCCUAGCAAUGAGAUGCAUGACAUUUUAAGGGAUUUGUAUCCAGAGUUUUGUGGUCAAGAUACAAAUGAUAUGGAUACGGAUAUCUUCGCUUGUGAUAUUCAUAAAGAGGAACCGAAUGAGGAAGCAAAUAAAUUCUAUAGGUUACUAAGAGAUUUUGAGCAACCAUUAUACCAAGGUUCUAAGAGCUCAAAGUUAUCUUGCUUAGUCAAAUUGCUCCAUAUCAAGAGCUUUGGUCGAUGGAGUAAUGAGUCAUUUACUAUGUUGUUGCAAUUAUUGAAAGAUGAAUUAUUACCUCAAGGAUCUAAUUUGCCACAAUCGUAUUAUGAUGCAAAGAAAGUAAUUCAAGAUCUUGGUCUCUCAUACAAAAAAAUUGAUGCAUGUGUAAAUAAUUGCAUAUUAUAUUGGAAAGAGGAUGAGAGGCUAAAUUUUUGUAAGAUUUGUGGCUAUUCUAGAUGGAAGACUGAUAAAUAUAAUGGGGAAGACAAGGUUAAAACCAAUGGGAAGAGAAUACCAAAAAAAAUUUUGCGUUACUUUCCACUAAAGCCAAGACUUCAAAGAUUGUUUAUGUCCACAAAGACAGCGUCUUUGAUGAGAUGGCAUAAAGAUAAGAGGGUAGAUGAUGGAGUGAUGAGACAUCUUGCUGAUUCAAUGGCAUGGAUUUCUUUUGACAAACUACAUCCAAAUUUUGCCUCAGACUCUCGCAAUGUGAGACUAGGCCUUGCUAGUGAUGGAUUUCAACCUUUUGCCAAUUCAAAAAUGCCAUAUAGUGUUUGGCCAGUUUUACUCAUUCCAUACAAUUUGCCACCUUGGAUGUGCAUGAAACAAUCAAAUUUUAUUUUAUCAAUGCUUAUUCCAGGUCCUGAGGGUCCCGGAGAUGCAAUUGAUAUCUAUCUUCAACCUUUAGUAGAAGAACUAAGAGAGUUAUGGGAAACUGGCAUUGAUACAUUUGAUGCAUAUGCACAAUGUAAUUUCAAGUUACAUGCGGUUUACUAUGGACUAUCAAUGAUUUCCUGCAUAUGGGAACCUAUCAGUUGGAGUACUAAGGAAAGUUGGCUUGUCCUUGUUGUAAUAAGGACACCUGUUGGAUGA